AUGCUUUCUUUCCUUUCUCUCCGCGGCAUUCUUUUUGCAAUCUUGAUAUGUACCCCGACUUCUGUAGGGGCACAUCUACAGACAGACAAUACUGUGGUCGAUUUAACUUACGCUACAUAUCGAGGAUACUACAACAGUACUACGGGUCUGAAUGUGUUCUUAGGAAUUCGAUAUGCGACCCCUCCGGUAGGACGAAUGCGAUGGCAAGCUCCGCAGCCUCCUAUUGUGAAUCGGACUACAGUCAUUCCCGCAAACAACCAGCCGCCGCUUUGCCCUCAGUCUGGUGCCGCCCAGCUUCCUCGAGUUUAUGGAUUUAAUUCAGACUUGGGUGAUGAGGAUUGCUUGUUUUUGAACGUCUACGCGCCACCACGUGCGGAAAAUGUCCCUGUUCUUGUAUGGAUCCAUGGUGGGGGCUAUGGUCUCUCCGGGGCGGUUCACAACCCAAGUGAAUGGAUCAACACUAACGAUAAUGGAUUCAUCUCGGUCAUGAUUCAGUAUCGAUUGGGCGCAUUCGGUUUCCUUUCUUCUGCAGAUGUGGCAAAGUAUGGUCAAACAAACGUUGGCCUAUUGGACAUGCGUCUCGCCCUCGAAUGGGUGCAGGCACACAUCUCUCAAUUCGGUGGUGAUCCUUUUCGGGUCACCAUAGGGGGCGAGUCAGCUGGGGCAGGCGCAGCGAUCCUCCAAGCAAUGGCUUAUGGUGGCCGAGAAGACCAUUUAUUCAACAAUAUCAUCGCAUCGAGCCCCUACAUUGUGACCCAGUAUCAGCAUGACGACGAAGUGCCAACAGGACAUUAUCAGGCAUUUGCCAGACAGGCAGGCUGCCUUGUCGGCGACAACAGCGCUAGCCCGCAGACAUUCGCAUGCUUGGUGGAAACAGACACUAACACCUUACAAAAUGCCAGUGGGUUUGUGUCGGCUUCGGGAGCCUGGGGAACCUUUGCUUUCCUGCCUGUCAUUGAUGGAGAGUUAAUUAGAGAGCUGCCAUCAAAACAACUUCUAGAGAAGAAAGUGAGCGGCAAACGUGUCCUAUCUGGCAAUAAUGCCAAUGACGGUGUUCCCUUGAGUUUGCCCUAUGUCGAGACCACCGCAGAUUUCAUGACCUACGUGAAGGGUAUGUUUCCACAAUUCAUUGCUUCGGACUUGAGUCGCUUAUUGGAGAUCUAUGGCUUUGCCUCAUCUUCUCCUGGUCCCUUCAGUCCUCUCUUCGACACUCUAGGUGACCAUGGGCUCACUGCGGUGAAUCAGUCUGAGUUUGCAACCGGCUACCAGCAGACGGUGUACAACAUCUUUGCCGAGACAGCCUUUGACUGUCCUUCUUAUUGGCUGAUGGAUGCUUUUUCUGGCAAGAAGGGCAAAGAGAGCUGGAAGUAUCAGUACUCAGUCACCCCGGCAUAUCACGGAGCAGAUUUGACAGCCUAUUUCUCUGUUGAUACAACAACUCCAACAAGAGGCAUUAGACAUGCUGUUCAGAAAAUUUUGGGAAGCUUCAUUAUCAAAGACUCUCCAGUGGUAUCUAUUCAGGAUGCCAAGGGCGGUGCAAGCGACGCCAUUGUGCCCGAAAACUCUGAUGGACAUAUCCUUUGGCCGAUGUGGAAUGAUUCCUUGCCCAUCAUGAUGGAUUUGAAUACAACAGGUGGAAAUUUGUUAUACAAAAACGUAACCAGACAUCUUGCUUUUUGGCUCCGUGAAGAUCCGGGGGUCGUCAAUCAUCUCCGCCUAGCGAAUGCGAAUCGUUGGGAGGGGGGGCGGGGUGAACGAUGUCGUUUUUGGAGGGAAGUCGGUCCGCGCGUACCUCAGUAA